AUGAGUUAUAACCCAUUCUGGCCUUCAUGGAGAAAAAGCACAUUUAGAGGAACUGGAGAACUCCUUUGGAAAGCUCUCAGGAUUUCUUAUAAGAUUGACAGGAUUGCUGUGCCGCUUUUAAUCCCACCUGCAGUAUUCUUGACUUGGAUUAGUGGGAAUAAUUGGGUCACCGAUAAAGAUAAGAAGAAUCCUUAUGUGGAAGAAGUCUUGACUCUCCUUCUAGGCUAUCGAGCAUGACUAGUGGAAAAAUCUCUAAUUUGGCAAAAUUAACUUAAUGUUAGGUCGCUAAAAUUUUUUGAAAUAAUAAUUUAGUAUAUAAUUCAUGGUGAUUAUAACGAAAUCUCUUAUUAAUUAACUUGCAUAAAUUUUAUAAUUUAUUAGCUCCAUUUAAAAUAUUUAAAAAAGCCUCUAUAAAAAAUUUAUAUAAGUUUUAAUAAAAAGUUAGCCUCUCUGUUAAUGAGCAAAAAAUCUUGCCCACUAACUAAAUAGGGAGUGAGAAAGAAAGCUGAAGGUAAAUAUGAUGGAGAGGUCAUAGGCAUAAGACCGCAUCAUUAUACUUAA